AUGGAUGAGCGCGGUAAGGGUAAGGCGCCCAACCCCAGCGUCGACGAGGUGCCCUGUCUUCUGCCGACGAGAUGGUGGUUUGCCAGCACGGCAUUUCCCCUGCUAGCCGUGAGUCCGUAUCAUUUCCGUUGCCUUGAUGGCUCUCGCUUAGCUGAAGAUGACUGUGUCCAGGGAACGCUGGGCCCUAUGGCAAAUGCAUUCAGCAUCUGCUCACUCUCCCAGGACUGGAGGGCAGAGCUGGGAACCGUUGGAACCGGAAACCUUCCAAAGACCGUCAAAGACCCGUCAUGGUUGGCGAUCACGAUUAACUCCGUCUCCCUCGGUUUUGCCUUGAUAUCAAAUUUGUCUCUUCUGCUGAAUAUGGCUCGAAGAGUCCGGUUCUCCGUCAGCCAGCCCAUCACUAUUGGCGGCUGGUAUAUCGCCUCGGCCCUUUUAGUGGGCCUCACCGUCGCGGUGCCUCGGGUGACGGACUUGCACGGUAGACAGCUGACCCAGGCCUACUACUAUGCCAUCAUGGCGGCUGCCAUCUACUUCUUUGUCUCCUCUCUCCUACUGGUUACCGUCUAUGGCGCGAACACUGGACGCUACAGCAAACACUUCCACCUCACCACCAGCCAGCGGUCGCUGAUGUUGCAGACUAUUCUCUACAUGAUGUACCUCCUGAUCGGGGCGGCCAUAUUUUCUCGCGUUGAGAACUGGAGCUACCUGGAUGCUCUAUACUGGGCCGAUUUUACCCUUCUUACCAAUGGAAUUGGAGAUCUCGCUCCAGCCACACACCUUGGUCGAAGCCUUCUGUUCCCAUUUGCCGUUGGAGGAAUUCUAACUCUUGGUCUUGUUGUUAUGUCUAUCCGGUCGAUGAUGAUCGAAAGAGCGAGGACACAGCUUACUGCAAGAACAACAGAAAAGACGAGGAAACUGGUUACCGAGCAACUGCAAUCGGGAGAUAUAAAGAAGCGAAUGCUUCAGCCGCUGGCGAAUCAAGAUAACUCAUUGUCAGACAAAGAACUGCAACAAGAAGAGUUCCAGUUGAUGCACCGUAUACACAAGACCUGUGCCUGGCAGCUGCGGUGGCUUUCUCUCCUAAUUUCAGCUUUCGCAUGGGCAAUUCUUUGGCUGGUUGGGUCGGUUGCAUUCUGGCUGGCAGAACGAGAUGCUGGCUGGACGUAUUUCACCUCUCUAUACUUCGCCUACGUGAAUCUCCUUACAAUUGGUUAUGGUGAUGUUGUCCUUGGCCAGUCAUGGGGAAAGCCAUUCUUUGUUCUAUGGUCACUUCUCGCUGUCCCGACCACCACCAUCUUAAUCUCAAGUAUGGGUGAUACUGUUGCAAAACUAUUCCACGAUGCCACAAUUUUUGCAGGAGAUUUAACUCUGUUCCCUCACGAGACUGGUAUCAAAAAUAGGCUGUUCUCCUUCAUACAUGGCAUGGUUGAAUCGCUGCGCCAUCGUGGACGUCACACGGAGUAUAUUAGCGGGCAGCCUAUCAGUGAUCAUCCUCACACAUACCACUCAGCUUCGAUGGAGAACCUGACUCCACAACACUCGGAAUAUCAGGAUGUAGGUCUGUCUUCUCAAAGAUGGUGUGCAAUAGUACAUGAACUUGGGAAGAUUUACAAUGAUCUCUCAUGUGAUCCGCCAAAACAUUACUCUCACGACGAAUGGUGCUAUUUCCUCGGUCUUAUAGGGCGCGCUGAGGGAUGCUGCCCUUUUUCCCAGAUACCUCCCACAGAUGCGGAAUUAUCCAAUGCGGAAAGGGCUCGCCGUCUAUUAGAGAGGCCGCCGGCCCUUGGUUUCAGAGAAAAAUGGAGUUGGGUCGGCGCUAAAAGCCCUCUUACAGGGGACCGAAACGAAGCUAGGUGGCUAUUUGAAGCUCUAUUAUUUACCUUAGAGGAGGAGGUAAAAUCCCAAUGCAACUCUUCCUAUGAAAAAUCAAAUACUUGA